AUCAGCUGUUUUCGUUCCUUCAUCAUUGCCGCUAGUUAUUUAUAUAAAACGGAGUAUUGUUAUGGUUUCAUAGCCAUGUGUGAAUUAAAAUGGGCUCAAUCGCAUCUGUGCUGCAAUGGCAUUGUCAAGCGUGUGGUCAAAUCAACCCAACAGAGAGUGUAAAAUGUUUAAAAUGUGGUACCAAACGGGUAUCGAGUCAUGACAGAAAUUCACAAAAACAAUAUUAUACGGGAGACUCUUCAUCCGAUUACGCUUCGCGGACAGAGAAAAGUGGCGGCACCACUCCAGGAUCUGAAGCUAUUGUUAUACCAACAACAAAUAACUUUAAUCGCGGAUGGUCGUCAGUGGGUUCGGCGCCCGGCGCAAGUCGCGCGUGGCGUUGCGCGUGCGGGCUGCGCAACGUUUCCGCCUCGUGGCGCUGCGCUGCCUGCGAUGUACUCGCGCUCCAUGCGCCAGUCUACAGAUUGUCCGAUGAUGAGGAACAAUCUUCAGGGAUGACGGACAAGGACAAGUCUGAUAAAGACAGUAUGAUAAGGUCCAACACCCUGGCUGUUCCCUCGUACAAGCCCUCGUCAAGUUACUCUGAUGGUCGACGCCUGAACCUCGACUUGCAGUCGUUGCGUUUGUCUCCGACUCAGCUUACUGAUCAAGCUCACGGUGUCACGCGCUCCCUCUCCCACGGCUCCGUGAUCAAUUCCCAGCAUAAAUGGUGGAACAUUGAAGAAAGUAGAGGAACGAUUAGCAGACCAACCAGUUUAAUGGUGUCGGAACGCUACGGCUAUCAAGCUGCCACGUAUAACCCCAGAGAGUCUUUCCUGCGAAGUCUUCACACAGUCACUAGGAGGCCGAAGAAGUGCAACGAGAGCAAAUCCAAUUGGGAGUUAAAUUAUGUCAAGGAAUAUCAGAGAGAGCAAAGCAGAGCGCUGCAUUUGAAGAAAUGGGCUUGCAGUAAGUGCACUCUCGAGAACUCGGGAAUUAGAACCCAUUGCGAAGCUUGUCUGUCUCCCAGAAUUUCACCACUCUCCAGAAUACCUAACACACGUGGUCUCAGCGUCACAACGCUAGGCAGACACGAGACCUUCAAUAGGGACGGUGCCACAUCCUUACCUUCCUCCGGAGGGGUGAUGAUAACAGUACCAGAUUGGCCACAAACUGAAACAUUGAGGGAAUCGCUCCAAAGAUCAGUCAGCGCUCAAAACUCGCCAGAAAUCCGACCCACGUACCGCCGAUCGUUCUCGGAACAGAACAGUGAAAAUCGGCCCAUGGGCAAAGUGAUAUCUAGCAGGCGGAGCUUGAACGACUAUCAAAAGUCUCUGGAAAGCUACUGCUCAUUGAAAGACGAGCGUCGGGAAAAGGCCGAGAAGAAAAUUGACGAGUCCAACACUGAGCUGAUAGAUAAGGAGUGCAGUUGGGAUACAAACGCCCAAGGUGUCAUUUACGCACUUCCCAACAAGGGAAAGUACAAGGAUUUAAAUUUACAAUUGCAAGUGAAUAAUAACGGCACUAGGUACUCCUAUGUAUCGGUGCAGGAUACAAAAACUGUGAUGUCGAAUUCCCAGAAUGAGGCGUUGUAUUCGAACGAUAUAGGCGAUGGGGAUUACGCGAGGAUAGAUGAGUUGUUGGGUGCCGAGAACUGUUUGUCCCCAGUGGGGGAGAGUAAUUUAAGGACUUCUCACAUCGGGGUGAAGGAGAAAGUGUUCAAUAUGCUGCCGUCGGUGGGAAAAGUGUCCCACAAUCCGCGGGAGCCUUCCAAAGUGCCUUCUACACAGACUUCUCGUGAGCCUAGCGGCCGUAUGUGGCAAUGCGGCGAAUGUUGGUUCGCGUACAACGCGUGGGGAUCGCGCUGCGAGGUUUGUCGCAGUGCGAGGCCUCCGCACGCCACGACGCUCGCACAAACACCGCAACCCAAUAGAAAUGCUUCAGAAGCAAGUGGUACUAAAUUGGAACCGAACCAGAAUCAACAGAAAAAGCUGACGGUACCAAUUGCAUCUAUGGAACAUGAUUUGAAUAGUGACGAGUUAUUGUUCGCCGUUGACACUUCAAGUCCAGCGGUUGAAAGUACGUGGUCGUGCACGCGUUGUACGCUCGUCAAUGAUGCGAACGCGACCGCGUGCGCUGCCUGCGCCGGUUCUCGUCCCAGCACACAUAACUUCUGGUCAUGUAGCUCGUGUACGCUGCGCAAUCCGAUGUCGGCGAACCAUUGUCUGGCCUGUAAGACCCCGCCGGUGCCGAAGCACGCCGUGCCUACUGAUAACCACGUCGCUGCUGCAGGUCGCAGCCCGUCACCUCGCAGAGGCCCCCGUCAUACGCCGGCUUUGCCCCGUCGCGGGUCUAGGCACAAAACUCCGCCACCCGAAUCUAAGACUGAUUCAGAAUGGCCGUGCUCCGAAUGCACGUACAUGAACAGUGUGACGGCCAUGUCUUGCGAAAUGUGUCAAUCGCCCAAGACACGGCUGCUGCCAGCUGCGCCUGACCAGCCCAGUUUGGAUGAUGAUGAUUCACCAGAAGGCUCGGACGGUGAGCGUCAGGAAAGUACGCCGAUGGAGAUACUGAGGCUGCGAGAGGAGAGUCACGCCUGGACCCAGUGGCAGGAGGUUUUGGCACAAUGCGCUGCCACGGGUGAAAUGUACGUUGACGAGUCGUUCCCUGCGUCCGGGCGUUCGUUGUACUACGGCGGCUCAGGGGAGAGCGGGGCAGCCGCGCGUUGGCUCCGGCCACAUCAGAUCCACGUGGACGCCGAUCAUCGACUUCCUUGGGCAGUCUUCCGGGAUCCAAGGCCGUCGGAUAUUUCUCAGGGUGUUCUAGGCAACUGCUGGCUUCUCUCUGCACUAGCAGUGUUAGCCGAGCGUUCGGCUUUAGUACGUAGCGUCGUAGUUCGCGCGGAACCCGAAAGGGGCGCUUAUCAAUUGCGACUUUGCAAAGAUGGCCGCUGGUUGACCAUCACCCUGGAUGAUCAGCUACCAUGUAAUAAGAAGGGGCAUCUUGUGUAUUCACAGGCAAAAAGAAAGCAGUUGUGGGUGCCAUUAAUUGAGAAAGCGGUGGCGAAGCUUCACGGGUGUUAUGAGGCCCUGGUAUCUGGAAGGGCGAUUGAAGGUCUGUGCACCCUGACGGGCGCGCCUUGCGAGUCGGUGUCCCUGCAGGCGGGGGGUGCAGGUGGAGGGGCGGGCGGUGGAGCGCCCCUGGAGCAGCUGGACCGGGACCUGGUCUGGGCACAGCUGUUGUCUUCGAGGCAGGCAUGCUUUCUCAUGGGAGCCAGUUGCGGCGGAGGGAAUAUGAAGGUGGACGAGGAAGAAUACCAGCGUCUGGGUCUUCGUCCUCGGCACGCGUAUUCCGUCCUUGACGUACUGGAGCUGGCAGACAGCAAUCCGCCGGUUCGACUUCUCCGCCUGAGGAACCCCUGGGGCCACUACACUUGGCGCGGCCCAUGGGCCCAUGGCUGCCCGCGCUGGACGGAGCACGUGAGGCGACAGCUCCCGGUUUGCACGGCUGAUAGAGAUCAAGGCGUGUUUUGGAUCAGCUUUGAGGAUGUCCUUAAAUACUUCGACUGCAUAGACAUAUGCAAGGUGCGAGCGGGAUGGCACGAGGUCCGUCUGGCGGGUAUUCUGCCCCCGAUGUCGUCCACGCGUCAUCUCACGUGUCUGCUACUCACUGCCACUCAGCCCACUGAGGUGGACUUUACUUUGUUUCAGGAGGGACAGAGAAAUUCAGCAAAAAGCCAGCGAUCUCAACUGGAUUUGUGCGUCGUUGUGUUCAGAACCAAAUCGGGCCCGAGUGCACAAGUAGGUAAACUUGUGGCACACAGUAAACGACAGGUGCGAGGCUUCGUAGGCUGUCACAAAAUGCUAGAAAAGGGCUUUUACCUCGUCGUUUGCCUCGCCUUCAACCACUGGCACACGGGCCUAGAGCUGGCCGACAGUUCCCUCUGGCCGAGGCACGUCCUCGCAGCUCACUCGUCGAAACCUCUCGCGGUGGAGAGGCCGUCCCUACAUCCGCACAUAUUGGCCGACGCUAUUAUCGGGCUUACCCUCGCGCGAGGCCAACGCCACGAGGGAAGACAGGGGAUGACCGCUUAUUAUUUGACUAAGGGUUGGGCUGGUCUCGUGGUGAUGGUGGAAAAUAGACAUACCGACAAGUGGAUUCACGUGAAAUGCGACUGUCAAGAGAGCUACAACGUCGUCUCCACGAGAGGGGAACUCAAGACGAUUGAUUCUGUACCGCCCUUGCAUAGACAAGUCAUAAUCGUCCUAACCCAACUGGAAGGCAGCGGAGGUUUCUCCAUCGCCCACCGUUUGACCCAUCGCCUGGCGGCCGGCGGCCGUCUCCAAGACUGGGCUCCCAGAGCUGAUGACGAACCGGCUCAUCAUCCCCACCACCGACCACCCAUCGCCAGAAGACUGCUGGGCCUACACGCGCCUAGACUCAUCACCUAGUCGUUCCAAGUCUGAUGAAUUUUAGUCCAGUCGUUUAUAAUCACCCAAUAGAAUUUGGACCUUCGAUCCGGAUUAUGUUUGUGAUGAAUUAGUCCCGUAUUUUAUCAUCUGAAAUCAUCACCUAGUGUUAGUUUCAGAGGAGUCGAUAGUUUAAAAAUAUAUUAAUUGCAGUGCUAGUAGUUUUGUCUGGAGUAGUAUUUCUUUUGGAAUUUUCUACUAAAAUAGAAUUUAUAAUAAGGUUUUAUAACAUAUAUUGAUUCCUCUGAAUUAGACUAAAUUGGAUCAAAUUGAUCCCGAGAUUGUUGACGUUGAAUAGGAAUGAUGACAAUUAAAUAUUCCAAUGGAAAUUCUAUUAUCUAUGACAUUUCAUUAACCAUGGUCUAGCGAUGUGUUUUAUAAAACUAUUGGAAACCCUUUGACAAAUAUGUCUUUAGAUUUUUAUUUGGUUUAUGUCAUCAUACCUGUAAUCCGAAGGAGUUAAUACGUAAGGUAGUGAUUUAAUUUUAUGACAAAUCUCGGCAUAAUUGAGAUUUUUUAAAUCGGUUUAAUCUAGAAAAUAGAGAAUAGAUAACUCGAGGCAGCUAGGGGCGUGUAAAGAUAUAUUAACACAUAAAAUAUAGAUAUAUAUUUUAUGUGUUACCGUAAUAGGAAUUCCAAUAAAACUUAAUUGGUAGAAUUCAUUGGCUAUUGGGGAUUUUUGAUGGCAACAUUUUUAACUUUAAGCAAAUGUUAUAUUGGCUAAUGCUAGGCAUAGAUGGCGCAAUUUGCAAUUAGAAAAAGAGGCAUCUUUUUAAGUAGUUUUUUUUAUGAGCGAAGUUAUCUUAUACAUAGGGGGUAUAUAGUACGAUGGCUCGAUCUGAUCAAAUCUCUCAAUCGGGGUAAAUUUUAUUUGCUUAAUCUUAGGUCUGGCGGGCUUGUCUCCCGCAACCGCUGCGGCAAUAUUGUGACGUAUUUGUUAUCUGUUAUUUUAUAGAUAUAGUAUUUGCGCCAUCUAUGUUAAAAAUUUGAUAACUAUCACCCGUAUUCAAUUAUUUUAGCUAUAUUGAAUUCUGCCAGUUACAAAGUAUGAGCUCUAUCCUGCUAUUUUUAACGUGCUUGCCAACAUGGCGGAUUUAAUUGUAUUUUUUUAAUACUCAUUUCAAACGGGAACAAAUAGAAAUUCAGCUUUUAACAAUAUUGGUACUCACUCAACUGACAUGUCGUUUGGCUUCAAUUCUCACUUCAGACUCAUAAAAGGCCGGCAACGCACAUGCGAGUAACAGUCUGUGGGCGUGUCACUUAACAUCAGGCGAGCCUGCCUACAUAUACAAAUAAGUAAAAAUGUGAAAAAAAAUUACAAAUAGAAGAUUUUUUUUGUUGUUUUUUAGCCGGGUCUUGCCUUUGAUUAAACCGUUGUAAAAAUUGGCAGUGAUCUUCAUAGCUGUAGAUUAGUUAAGACUUGUAUAAAGUAGUUCUUUGCGGUAAACAGUUAUUGUAGUCUAAGUUACGGCGAGUCAUAUUUCUCAGUUAAAAAAAUAUGUCGUUAUUACGAUAUUUGUAAUAAUCAAAUUAUACAGUUUAAAGUUUGUGUUAUGAAAUGAGUGCAAUAUUUUUAGAUUUAUGAUUACUUAUUAUGUGAAAUGUUGAAAUGUUUUUAUUAAUAAUUUGUUAUGACGUGGAUUUAAAUAUUUGGCUUUGUUAGCAUAGCGUACUAUUUUUUUACACUGAAAUAUUUGUUACCAUGGUAACAAAUAAAUACUCUGUUAAUAAUUGAUUUUCUGUAUUUUUUAAUCGAAGUUUUAUGUCAAAUCAAUUUUUUCUGACAUAAAUAUUUUAACACCAUAUCAUCAUAACCAUUUUAUUAAAUUAACGAUAUUUCGUUCUAACAAAAAUGUCACAAUGGUUAUUUUAUAUUUUUUAUUUAACUUAUACAGAAUAUAAUUUAAUUAAGUUUUAAUUUUGUACAAAAGUAUUACGAUGAUUCCUUUAAAAUACUCUUAAUUAAUAACGAUUCUUGCCAUUAUUUAUCGAAUUUUUAUUUAGGCCUAUCAUGUGUGCAAUGUUUACGCUUGUAUAUUAUCUGUGCACGUCGGUUUUUAUUUUAGCGCCAUCUAGAGGCCCACGUGUACAAUUAGCACAAUAAUCGCACAUAUUUUUGAAUAGUGAUAGAUUGAUAUGUCAAUGCAUUUUGUAUCUUAUUUUCUAUGUGAUUAGGUUUUAAUCACCAGUUCGUAGAUCAGUGGCACACUCACUGUAUAAAGUCAUUGUUCUGUCUGAGGGAGGAAGAUUCCAGAAAUAUUUUUUUUAAGAGACGUCAAAAUAUUUAAAUACGCCUAACGUGACCAAAUUUGAAUUGUUGUCCCAUUAUUAAGGAUUGUUAGAUACUUACAUAUUAUUUUCUACUUAAGAAAGUACCCUCCUCAGACGGACAACAUUAGCACUUAGAGUGUGAACGUAUUUGUAAUACUAGGUACUUUUGUAAACAAGUGUUAAUAGAAUUUUCUCGAAUGUUAUUUUUCUCACUAAUAAAUUAUAAGGUAUAAUUAUUAUCUGUCGUGCCAUAGUGUAUCACUUUGCUCUGCUGGUUAUGUCAAUUUCGGAUUUGGAAUGUCAAUGUCACGCCGGUUUGUGUGCGUGAACCAUAGAGCGGAGCGCAUUUUUCUACUCAAAUGUUUUGAUAUCACGUUUUAAUUUAAAAUUUUCGACGUAAGUUGUUUUGUAGUGAUAUGACACGCUUAUUUUUCGUGUUAGAUGAUACAUGAACGCAUGUUAUAUUGUAUAAGGGAAUAAAAUUAUUUAAAUUUG